AUGGAGAAAGUUCCGAUGAAUAUGGAAAGAGAUCGUCGGAUCAACUGGAAAGUUUGCCUUGCUGUGGCAAAGGGUCACUUGAAAGCCGACUUUACUGAAAAAGCUUUAACAAUAUUGAAGCACUCAGAACAAUUAUCAAGGAAUUCUGCAGGUUUCUAUAAUUCAGGCUAUCUACAUAUUACAAGCUCAUUGAUGAAAUCGGAUGACUUUGAUGGCGCUGAGGAGGCCCGAGGCAUUCGUGAAAAAGAUUGCAGAGAGUGGGAGCUUGGUGCAUACUCAUUUGAUCUUUUAGCAACUGGAUAUAGUGGCGGCGAUCUGAUGGUGAAAGCAACAGAAAGAAUAAAGAAAGCAAUAUGGGCAUGGUUUGUUAACGUGGCCAACCACGCGGUUGGAUGUGGAAUUAUCAGAAGAGCUUUUCAAGCAGAUGUACUUGCAGGAGAUAUCUACGGUCUUAAAGUCUCUCUUAUCACUCGCAGAAGACAAAAUAUUAGUUGUUUCAGUUAUUUUCGCGGAUCCAGUAUUUUGGGUAUUGCUAUAUCCCUUGACCCAACUGCCUGA